AACCAAUGCAUUUCUGAACGGCUUUUCCGUAGUCGAAAUGACAUAUCUGAGAACCUCAACUACAGGGAUACUAACCUUGAAUCAACCACUAAACGCUGCCUUGGCAACGGUAGUACUAGCAUGGAUCUGCCCUCCAGUGCUUGCAUCUCCCCCAAUGUUCAGAGCAGGUUGGCCGCUACAGUGGCCAAUACCUCCAGACAAUCCGCUCAACCGCGAGUAGCUAUCGUCCCUUGUCUUUCCAACUCCGCGAGUUGUACUUUCGAGUGCGAAACAAACCAAGCACUGAUUCGACGUCAGUCGCAAGGUCUGAGGGAGCAGUUUCGUGGUCUUGCGCCAGUUCGAAUGACUGCGAAGCCCAGCGCAAUCUGCUCCAUCAGCUUUAGUGUUCAACGAUUGCUG